AUGUCGAAGGAGAUCACCCCCUACGCCGAGGCCAGCAAGGUCACACAGCUGGCCCCCGGCGUCUUCCUCGCCAAUCUGUCGGCCAACUUUUGCAUCGGCUCCGUCCCCAACGGCGGCUACGUCGCCUCAACCAUCAUCCGUGCCGCCGCCGAGCACCUCGCGCCGCGCGGCCAGACCGACUCGAUCACGAGCCACUUUGAGUUCAUCGACCGCACCGAGCCCGGUCCCGCCCUCAUCAUCCUCGACGACGUCAAGCUCGGCCGCUCCGUCUCGACUCUGCACGCGACGCUCUACCAAAACAACCUGCAGCCGGUCGCCCCCUUCAUCACGCCGCGCACCCGCAAGCUCGUCCUCUCGUACCUCACCAACGCCAGCCUUGCCCGCGAGCAGGGCCUCACCCUCGACACCAAGUGGACGCUCACGCCGCCGGCGCCGCCGCAGCCCGCGCGCCUUGACCUGCUCGCGACGGACGCGGCCCCAGGCUGGACGGCGCGCUCGCCGCGCCUCCGCGGCCGCAGCAACCUCGUGCGCUCCAACAACAACCUGCAGUGUUUCUUCCCGACGACGGCCCCGCGCCGCGGCCAGGAGGACGUCUGGCUGCGCCUCGCGUCCGGCGAGCCCCUGACCAAUGCCGUGCUCGCCUACGUUGUCGACGCCAUGCCGUACCUCGUCGAGGGGUGGCCCCCCGCGGCCGACGAGGCGCAGACGCCGUUUCGCACCGAUGAGAUUUGGUGGUAUCCCACGCUCAGUAUGAACCUCGACAUCAAGCGGGGGUUGCCCGCCGAGGGCGUCGAGUGGCUGUUCAUGAGGACCAUGGCGCGCGAGAUUCGCAACGGGCGGUUCGACCUCGAGGUGACGAUUCUGGAUGAGCAGGGAAACUUGGUGGCAUUGGCCAGUCACGUCAACAUGAUCCUCUCCAUGGCGAGGAAUAUGAAGAAGAGGACGGAGAAGCUGUAG